AUGAUGCUCACCAAGGUAGAGGGUCCUAAUGCGGCCGGCAACAAGGUUUACGUCUUUGGUGUGAACGACUACCGCCUGGAGGUGCCGGAGCGCUACAACGUUCAGCACUUCGUUGGACGUGGUGCGUACGGCUUUGUUUGCAGCGCCGUGGACGCGGUGACCAACGAGCCAGUGGCGAUCAAGAAGGUGACACACCUCUUCGACGACGCUGUCGAUGCAAAGCGUGUCUUGCGGGAGGUGAAGCUGCUCGCCUAUCUCAACCACCCAAAUAUCCUCUCUCUCAAGGACCUCUUCAAGUCCCCGGACCCGGUGGACACGUACAACGAACUCUACGUUGUUACCGACUUGAUGGAGUCGGACAUGGACGCAAUCCUGCGCUCCCCGCGCAUCCGUCUCGCCGCCGGGCACGGCCAGUACUUCACUCUUCAGCUGUUGUGCGCACUGCAGUACACUCACAGUGCCCACGUGCUUCACCGUGACCUGAAGCCGGGGAAUCUGUUGACAGACUCGGAGUGCAACCUUAAGCUGGGCGACUUUGGCCUCGCGCGCGGUGUCGGACACGACGACACCAUGACGCAGUACGUUUUCACGCGAUGGUAUCGGCCACCAGAGUUGCUGCUGGUGUGUAAGCACUGCAGCUACAGCGCUGAUAUGUGGGCUGUCGGAUGCCUCGCAGCAGAGAUGUUCACUGGCAAGCCGCUCUUCCCUGGCAAGGACUACAUCAACCAGAUCAAUUUAAUAGUGGAGCUGCUGGGCAUACCAGACCUUGCACGUGACCUGCCGCCGAGCACGUCGCAGGAGGCGGUGCACUACCUCUCCUCCCUGCCCCCUAUCAAGGGGAAGACGCUGGAGGAGUACGCCCCUGAGCUGCGGCGCCGCUUCGACGAGGCUACCUUUUUCGAUGGCUUCGACACAGAGCUGGAGGAGGCUAUCGCCGCUGAGGGCGCCACUAUCGCCCGGCCCCAGCCGCGCCCGCCGGAGGAUUACUACGCCGAGUUCGUCGACUUCAUCUUUGGACUGCUCUGUUACAACCCCGAGAAGCGGCGCAUGGCGAAAGAGUCCAUAGCUCAUGCAUGGCUGUCGGACGUGCGCGGCCCUCAGGAAAACAUUGGCGGCUGCGAGGCGGAGCGAGUAUACUGUUGGGAUGCCGAGGGCACUGCCUUCACCAUCCCACAACUCCGCCAGCUGUUCGUAGAGGAGAUCGAAAAAUUUACGUCUACCCGCGGCCACUGA